AUGGGGAAGGACCAGGAGCUGCUGCACGCGGUGAAGACCGAGGACCUGCUCACCGUGCAGAGGCUGCUGCAGAGGCCCGGGAAAGCAAAGCUUCUCGGUUCUGCAAAGAAAGUCAACGUCAACUUCCAGGACACAGACGGGUUUUCUCCGCUGCAUCAUGCGGCCCUCAACGGGAACCUGGAGCUCAUCUCUCUGCUGCUGGAGUCUCAGGCUGCUGUGGACAUCAGAGACCAGAAAGGUAUGCGGCCUCUGCAUUACGCCGCCUGGCAGGGGAAGGCGGAGCCCAUGAAGAUGCUGCUGAAAUCUGGUUCGUCCGUCAACGGCCAAUCAGACGAAGGACAGAUUCCUCUGCACCUGUCAGCGCAGCACGGCCACUACGACGUGUCUGAGAUGCUGCUGCAGCACCAGUCCAACCCGUGCAUCGUGGACAAUGCAGGGAAAACCCCUCUGGACCUGGCCUGCGAGUUCGGCCGAGUCGGGGUUGUCCAGUUGUUGCUCUCCAGUAACAUGUGUGCUGCUUUGCUGGAGCCCAAAAAAGGAGACACCACCGACCCCAACGGGACGUCUCCUCUCCACCUGGCCGCCAAGAACGGACACAUAGACAUUAUCAGACUGCUGAUCCAGUCAGGUAUCGACAUCAACAGACAGACCAAAGCCGGCACUGCUCUCCAUGAAGCUGCUCUCUGCGGCAAGACCGAUGCCGUGAGACUCCUGCUGGACAGUGGCAUCAAUGCCGCAGUGAGGAACACUUACAGCCAGACGGCGCUGGAUAUUGUUUACCAGUUCAGUGCAACGCAAGCCAGCAGAGAGAUCAAGCAACUGCUGAGAGAUGCGUCAGCGGCUCUUCAAGUUCGAGCUCUGAAAGAUUACUGCAACAACUACGACCUGACCAGCCUGAACAUCAAAGCAGGAGAUGUUAUUACGGUUCUGGAGCAGCACCCUGAUGGACGCUGGAAAGGCUGUAUCCAUGACAACCGGACAGGAAAUGAUCGGGUGGGCUACUUCCCGUCCACCAUGGUGGAAGUCAUCAGCAAACGCACAGGUUUGGCCAGCACAGUCAUUUGCACUCAACAGUUUCAAAAGAUACCGCUGGUUCCCCCGGCGACGAUUGCCCCUGCCAACGCGGUAGUCAACGGCAACGACACCACGUUCCAUCAGAUCCAUAUCCUGCCUCCACCGCCUCCUCCUCCACCACAUUCCCAUCAGCCACUGCUUCCACUUUUUACUUCCUUUGGCUAUAGCAGGUCGCCCGUGACAACACCACAGGGAGACACACCCACUUUCCCAGGUUGUCGCGGUUCAGAGGCAAGUCCUCACAGCUCCCCCACGCCGUCCGGCGGGCCCCACGGAGGCUCCAAUGAAGAGAUCUGGGUGCUGCGCAAGCCAGCGGCAGGUUGCGACCGCAGCAGUGUGGGCAGCUCUGGCAGUGUCACGAGCGUGAGGUCAUCAGGCAGCGGUCAGAGCGCCGGCAGCACCUCGCACAACCUGCACCCACAGGCUGAAGGGGUUAAGCUUCUCGCCACCGUCUUGUCCCAGUCGGCCAAAGCUAAGGAGCAUCUCCUGGAGCAGUCCAAGUCGGUGGACCAACCUGCAGGUUCCGCCAGCUCCUCUCGGACAUCGAGCCAAUCGGGUUGUCCGCUGCACGAAGCGCCGCCUUAUGACGCCACGCCGGCCAGGAAGGGGGAGGCGCCAGUCGAGGGGAAGAGCUCAGAGGCCGUUGUCCAAUGGCUGAGCGACUUUCAGCUGCAGGUCUACGCUCCGAACUUCCUGGGCGCUGGGUAUGACUUGCCCACCAUUAGCCGAAUGACCCCAGAGGAUCUGACUGCGAUUGGAAUCACUAAACCAGGUCACAGGAAGAAAAUGACCUCAGAGAUAAACAAGCUGAGCGUCACCGAGUGGCUUCCUGAUCAGAAACCUGCCAAUCUUGGAGAGUGGCUGUCUGCCAUUGGUCUAAACCAGUACCACCAGGUGUUAGUGCAGAACGGCUACGAGAACAUCGACUUCAUCACUGACAUCACUUGGGAGGACCUGCAGGAAAUAGGCGUCACCAAACUGGGCCACCAGAAGAAGCUGAUGCUGGCGGUGAAGCGACUGGCGGAGAUGCAGCGCGGAUCCGAAGGCCGGGAGUCGCUCCGAAAGAAGCCCCCCCCGAUCACACAGCAGCAGGAAGUCAUGUCCAUCGACAGCCCGCCUCCAGAGGAGCUCAUGUCUCCAAAGAUGAGCACCUUCCAGGACAGCGAGUUGAGCACUGAGCUGCAGAGUGCGAUGACGCAGCCAGGUCAGGAGGUCAAAUCUCAACGGACACGCAGCGUCAGUAAAGACCACGAUGAGGUGACGGCAGGAGGGGGGGGAGUAGGCACUGGCCCGCCUAAGAAGGAGGCACGGACUAUGAGGCAGCAGAGCAGCCAGGGAAGCUCCUCCUCCUCCCACAGGGGCAGCGUCUCCUCCCAAGGCAAACACCGCCACUCCCACUCCCACUCCCAGCCGGCCCCCCCCUACACGCCGCCGCACACUCCGACCAAGUCUAGAACCUCAUCGUCCUCCUCCACUUCCUCCGUCCAGAGCACAGCUUCCUCGCAGUCCAAAACCAAACCUCAGUACAUCCACGGAGAGAGACCUCAUUCGCCGCGGUCACACCCCCCACAGUCUCCGACCCUGCGUGGCGCUCCAGGUCCUCAGCAGCAGCAACCUGCAGCCCAGCCGCCGCACCAGGCACAACCUCAACCUCAACCUCAACCUCACCCACAGAUGCAGGCGAUGGAGGUCAGUCAGAGCCAACAACCACAGGUCCCUCUCCUCUGCCUCCCACCGGAGGAGGAGCUGGCUGAGGGAGAAGGAGCAGAACCCUCGGCGCUCCAGAAGAAACGUGCUCACAGUCUCAACCGAUACGCCGUGUCGGACGGCGAGUGUGAUGACCGGGCGGCGCGAGGAGGAGGCGAAGGAGAAGCGGAGGUGAUUUUAAGUCAGAGCUCGAAGGUCAUUAGAGCGGAAGGAGUUAAAUACGCCACAGUUACGCCCCGGGUCAGCCGCAGCCACUCCGUCCGCAACCAGGACAAGAACGGAAACCGCAACCACUCGCAGACCUUGGCUCUGCGUCAGAAGAAGAAAGGCCCGCCCCCGCCACCGCCCAAACGCUCCAGCUCAGCCAUCUCCAGCUCCAACUCUAACCUGUCCGAUGCCAACGCCCAGCCGGCCACACUCACCACAACGGGGGGGAUGCUGGACGUGCCUUACCACCAGCAGCGGCGAGCCAGCGACCUCGGGGUGUCUGUUGAGGCCGGAGCUGUGGAGACCAACAGCAUGGGCAGUGUGAGGAGCAUCGCCGCCAUGUUGGAAAUGUCUUCUAUAGGGGGAGGAGCCAAAGGCAUGGCGAUACAGAAGAAUUUCCUGCAGGUGGGAAAAACGUCACGUGAGACCAUCGGUCUGGACGGCGAGGUGGUGAACCGACGGCGAACCAUCAGCGGCCCCGUCACCGAGCUGGUGGCGGCAGCCAGGCGCAACCAGCCGACUCCCUCCGCUCUUCCAUGUCCCGCCGUACAACCUGAACCUGAGACCGCCGCUCCCGCUGUAAACUCGUCCUCACCACAACCUCCGUCCUCCCCCCAUCCGAGCUCCGGAGGCAGCGGCAGCUCGUCAGAGAAUCUGCCGUUUGCAGAGGAAGGAAGUCUCACUAUCCGCCGCCAGGGAAGAGGAGAAGGAGAAGGACAGUGUGUAUUUUGUGUUUGUCUGCAGGGCGACGGCGAGGGAAGUCCCCAGGGAGACGGUGGCUACGCCCAGGAGGACAUCGCCGGCGUUGAGGCCACGGCAACCUUCAAGCGACGGCCGCGCGGCUCCAAGCCCCACCCCAACGGCUCCGACUUCACCCUCCAGGAGUCGUCCACUGUCAAGCGGAGACCGAAGAGCCGCGACAAGGAGCCCGAAGGCUACGCGGAGCUAGCUGCCGCUAACGGAGAGCCGGUGGAAGCUGGGUCGCCCAACACCUCGCAGCCGAUGCCUUACCAGAACGGCACCGCCACCAUGAAGCGCCGCCAGGUUCCCGGUGGCCAGGAUGCUGGAGUGACGGAGCAACCUCAACCUCAACCGCAGGUGACUGCUGCUCCUCGCAGGGACAGUGUGGACCAAUCAGCUCCACUGGUCAAUGAAGUCGUUCUGCAGAGGAAACCGAAGCCGCCGGUUUCCCCCAAGCCGGUCGUGGGUCAGAUGAAGAGAGGACCACAGACCCCCCCACAGCCGGCCAACAAGAGGGUCCCGCUGCCGGGCCCUGGCACACCUGGAAGCCCAGUGGAAGGAAAGAAGAUUCCUCCACCGGUUUCGCCGAAACCAGUGCCCCCGCCCACGGCGCCCAAACCGUCCAAGCUCAUCCACUCCAUGACCAGCCCCCCCUCCCCGACCCCACUACCAAACACAUUCAAGCAGCACUCUGUGGUGACCCGGCAGACCAGUUCCCCCCCGUCCUUCCCUCCCUCCAACACCCCCAGCCCUCCGAACGCCAAACCAACCAGCCCGUUGUGCCAGAGCCCGCACACGCCGCAGACCCCCACCACGCCACUCACCCCCCUGACGCCCCAGACUCCCCAGACUCCGGCUACUCCCAGCCCCACCCCGCCGCCCGUCAAGCCCCCCCGGUCCUCCAUCGGGGGGGUGUCCGUUGACAGUGGGAUGGUCGGCGGUGGCGUGACGGUGCCGGCAGCGGCGACAUCACCAGACUUCUGUGUGGAUUCUCUGGUGCAUCAGAAGCUGGAGGAGACCAGUGCGUCGCUGGCCGCGGCGCUGAGGGCGGUGGAGGAUAAGAUACUGCGGCAAGAAGACUCUGUGGCUGAGCAGAAGACCACAGUCAGUAUCCUGGACGACAUCGGCAGCAUGUUCGACGACCUGGCCGACCAGCUGGACGCCAUGUUGGAGUAACCACCGAAACCGGUCAGCAUGUCUCCAUGGCAACGCUGCAGCAGGACCGACUCACGAUGGCACAAUGGGCAAAAUGCCUCUCUCUCUUUCUCUCUCUCUCUUUCUCUCUCUCUCUCUCUCUCAAUCUCUGUCUCUCUCUCCUUCUGUUCAUCCACUCUCUCCCUUGUCGUCCGUCCCUCGCUGCUCUGGAAUAACCUCGUUCAUCCUCCUCUUCCUCUCACCACCUGUUGCUGACGAAGAAAACGAUGGCGCAGCGAUGCAACCGGCCUGGACGUGACGUGGAAGUGGGAGAGGGCGUGCAAGAAAAAUGGAUGGAUAGAGUAAGAGAGAGAGAGAGACACUAGAGAGCGGUUUAAAAAAAGGACCAAAAAACGACUUAUGGGAGAGAGGAAAUAAAAAAAAAAAUGGAGAGACAAAGAUGAAAAUGGCGGAGACUGCGUUUAUGAACUACGUGUGGACUCGAACAAAUAAACUAAACUAAUAGUGAUUGAAAAACCAACUGUGUAAUGAAUCAUAGUGUGGUAUGUGUACAUUCUAAGCAUGGAGAGUUUAUAUCUACUGAAAAAGUCCUGCAUUAGCACACUAAUAUAUAAUAUACCGAUAAAUAUGAAUCUCUAGCUCUUUGGUUUGAUGUCUUGGUUCUGUGUGGAAUGGUGACCUCUGGUGUUGUGACGAUGUAAAUGAAUUGGUGGAAUUUUUUUUAUCUGUGACCAAAACGAGACUAUUCAGCUCCUCAUGUGUGUGUGUGUGUGAGUGUGUGCGCGCGUGUGCAUGUGUGUGUGUGUGUGAAUGUGUGUGUGUGAUGGGGAGUUUGUGGGUCGUCAGAAUUUCAUGAUUUCAGAAUCCAGUUUCCUGUCCUGGCUGUUUCCAUCCUCAUCGUCACCUUCAACACACUCACUCACACACAGAAGAAGCACAAUGACCCAUGCAGCCAGCUCGCACACACAGACACACACAGACACACAAAGACCCACACACAGGAGCCUGCACAAUAUAAACUCUAAGGAGAGACGGGGAGGGCGAGAGGCGACAGCAGGAUGUCCUGGAAAGCAGAUGUUACGUGUUGUAGAUAAACCGCUGGAAGUUUGGGGAAAUGGUUUCAGGAUGCAGCUGAAAGAGUUUUAGUAAAACGAGGCUGAGUCUCGAGGUCAAAGGUCAGAUCAGGCUCAGUCGGUCCGAACUCCCCCUGCACAAAACAAACACAAGCACCAGAGGCCGAGACAAGGCCGACGAGCCCAGACUCACUGGAAAAAACACUAAACAAGGGCAAAGCAACAAACUUCAGGUUCCCACAUCCCAGAUUCACAUUAUUUUUCUAAAAGUCUAUCAUUCCAGAAUUAGUGAUUCUAACAUGUGAGUUAAAAAUCCAAAUAAUUUCCAGAACUUUGUGUGCAGUCAUUUCCAAACAUUUUAAAGCAAGGAUGCACUGAUACAAUUCAAUGUGUUUUGACAAAAAUAUUUCAAUAGCAGUUUGUGUCUAAUUGGGUUUUUCCACAAAAUAGUUAAAUUAUCUUGUUAAGAAUUAGAAUGAAAGCAUCGUAGCCCUCGUUAGAAAAAUCUGAAUCCGUUAGAUUCUUCAUGUUUCAUAGAUAAGUAACAUCUGGAAAUGUACGUGACGCUUUCUAAUGAGAUUUUAUUAAAGGACGCAUAAACAAAAAGUACCGGCCCCAGUGCAGAACCUUGUAGAACUCCAUGACUAACUUUUGUCUGCAUGGAGGAGUUAUUGUUCACUUGAUAAUUUGGAAUCUAUCAGAUGAGAAUCACUUCCUUUGCUUGAUUUAACAAGAGGGGCAGAGUCAGAAUUAUUUCUUCAGUGAUUAAACAGAAUCAAAAUACUGUAUUUUCCACUGAUGCCAUUCCAGGAUUCAAUCCGUCCUCGAACCAUCUAUAAACAUCUGUAUCAGGCUCACAUCAGUGCAUCUCUUCUUUAAGACUCUGCAUCAAAUCACAACUUUCCCAGGAACAAGUGUUCGACUCCUGGAUUCAUUUCUUCAGGAUUUAAAGAAAGAAAAAAAAUACACACUGGCCGAAACCCUUCCUGACACCUCAGCUGAUACACCCCCUCUCAUCCCACUCUCUCUCCACCGCCCACCCCCUGCUGC